AUGGCGACUUUUAAAUGUGAUGAUGGGGAAUGUGACGAGAAUGCUGUUUUAUACUUCCCAGAUAUGGACAAAGCUUGGUGCGAAAUGCAUAAACCAGAACUAGAGUGCAUGCAAAAAGGAGAGAAAAUCAACUUCUCAGACAUAGAAUCUGAGCUUAGUUGCUUUGAAAAGCUAGUAAAUGAAGUUAAGAUACUCUAUCCAGAAAACCCAGAUGAAGGAAUCUUUUAUAGUGCCUCAAUGGUGUCUGCUACUGAUAGCCUUAAUCGAAGCUCUAAUGGAAGAUCUAAUGAAGAAGCUCCUAAUAAUAUUUCUGAGAAAUCGAUGAUUGAUGUAAUCCAAGAAUUGAAACAAGACCUAGCUAAUGCAGCUGAUACAAGAGAUUGGACACAAUGCUUAAAAAUAAGAGAAGAAAUGCAUUUGAAAUUAUUAAAUUACUUAAAUGAAGAGGGAGAAAAAUACUGGGGAGAAAAUAAAAUUGAAAACAAUGCAGAAAAAGCGCUAGCAUUGGUUAAAGGAACCUUGAUGCUUACUCUUGAAAAUCAAGUGAGGGAAAGUGAUGUAAAUUCCUCCCAGUAUCAGAUGACCAAUAAUGAGGUUAAUUCUGAAGUAAUCGAUCCUUCUUCACAUGAAAAUAACCAAAGUCAGGGUGGUAGAUAUGAAAGUAAUAUCUAUUUUCCUGCUUUCCAGGAUUCAAAUCUGAUUAUCCAAAAACACCCUGACGAGGAAGAGAAAGAGUCUCCGACUAAACCUAUUUCUAAUCCAAAAAAACUCGAUAGUGCCCAGGUGCUAAGUUAUAUGAAUAAGUCACAGAAUGCACCCACAAGCUUUGAAAGCUUAGAUGGCAAUGAUCACAGAGAUAUCAAUAAUCUUCCUUCACUAAACACCUUGGUAAAAUAAAGAGAUCUGAAAACCCAGAGAAAAUGUACAUAAGAACACAUUCUGCCUUUUAACUGAAGAAGACGAUGAGAAGAUGAUGAACCUUGCCUCCAAAACCAUUCUCUAUAAAAGAAAUAAUAUUUUUCAGGCAGCAAAACCAGUGAUCAAAAAGAUUGUUUAUUUCUUCAAGAAUCUUAUACUCGUUAACUUGCCAACAUUCGCAGAGGUAAAUGCUGAAUACUCAGAAAAGGCUAUUAGGGAAAACCUUCACACGCCAGAUUACAAGGACUUUAAAAUCACUUGGAACCUGAAUGACCUAGAUGAUCUUAAUUUCUUCAACCAAAUAAACAAGAGAUUUAUAUAUCUUGGCACUGUGAUCAUAACGAAAGUCCCAUUAAGAAAUGACAAAGUUAAUGAUUUCCUUCGCGAUUUCUUCCCGAGUAGCACCAGAUGGUUCAGUUUCAACAAGUAUGGAGAAAACAGAGAUUCUUAUGAGAAUUAUAGAGAAGACUUACUUAAGGCCCUGGAACAUACUACAGAGAAAGUAGAGAUUUAUAAUUAUAACCUUAGUCAGAAGCAAUUUGUGGAGCUCCUUAAACAUGCUCAGGAUAAGAAAAUAGUCCGCUUUGGGAAUUGUAAGAUUGAACUUUGCCAUGAUCAAGAAUUGGAAGUCAAUCUCGAUGAUUCAAUUAUAGAAAAAUUGAGCUUUGUAAAUUGAGGAUCUCCAGAGAACGGCGAUUGGAACAAAAACUCCUCUACUUUUGAAAAGAUUAUUAAGAGUCUUUCAAAAUUUCCUAACUUCAAGGCAAAAUUUCCAGAUAUUGAAAUAUCUGAACACGAUUUACAAUUGGACAAAGCUAAAGCUAUCCUAAAAGACUGCGAUUUAUCUCCAGACAUCCUAACCAAGUACCUGUAAUUCCCAUGAUACUUCAUUUCAGUCACAAAA